AUGGCCCAACGCACCCUUAGUCGCGAUGCCUACACUGUAGGAUGGAUCUCCGCCCUCUCCGUUGAGUUUGCUGCUGCGGAGCAGCUGCUCGACGAAGAGCACGGCGACCUUGCUCUAGAUCACGACGACGAUACCCUCUACACGCUGGGUAGCAUCGGUAAGCACAAUGUCGUAAUUGCGUGCCUGCCGGCUGGCUCCACGGGCACUAAUUCCGCCGCCGCGGUUGCCACCCGGAUGAAGGCCCAGUUUCCCUCGAUUCGCUUCGGCCUCAUGGUCGGUAUUGGAGGAGGCGUCCCAGGGGCCAUAGCGGACAUUCGCCUCGGCGACGUAGUCGUGAGCCAGCCGUCAGCGAGGAGUGGAGGUGUGAUACAGUACGACUUUGGGAAGAGCACGCCGGACGGGUUUGCGAGAACGGGCUUCCUCAGUCCUCCGCCGACGAUCCUCCUCAGCGCGCUGGCCAAGAUGCAGGCGCAGAGCCUCCGAGGGAGAAGCGUCUUUGCGUCGCACCUGUCGCGGUUCGACAGCCUCUCCGAGUUUAGGCGUGACCACGCGGGGCCCGACCAGCUGUUUGAAUCCAGUUAUGACCAUGUGGGUGGGCCUACCUGUGAGGGCUGCGACCAGAAACAACUGGUCAAGCGGACGCCGGGUAGGGGAGAGAAUCAGGUCAAGGCUCAUUAUGGCACAAUUGCCUCUGGGAACUUGGUGAUGAGGUCCGGUCGGGCACGAGACAAGCUGAGCUCCGAGCUGGGAGACGUGCUCUGCUUUGAGAUGGAAGCUGCCGGGCUUAUGAAUGGCUUCCCAAGCCUGGUGAUUCGAGGUAGGGACGGCCUGUCCACAUAG